CCUGAAAGCUCGACGUUCCAUUGUUCAGUCAACCAUGCAGGCUCCAGAGACCAAUAAAGGAACGCACGCGCCAAAUCCCUGCGCCACACACAUUCCUACCAUCCUGCAACUACGCCCAACUGUACAAUAUGGGUGACGCGACAUAUCCGCUGUUUCCGACGUUCGCUUUCCUGGGUUUCAUUGUCGGCUUGAUACCUAUUCCAUGGCAUCUGCAAGGGUGGAAUGCAGGGACAUGUCUCUACAUGAUCUGGGUAUCUCUUGCGUCUCUCAUCGUGUUCGUGGACUCCAUCGUUUGGAACGGCAAUAUUAACGAUUCCGCGCCGAUCUGGUGCGACAUCUCAACGAAAUUCCUCAUUGGCGCAGGAGUCGGUAUCCCUGCAUCAUCGCUCUGUAUCAAUAGACGGCUCUACCGGAUAUCCUCAAUGACCGCCGCGACGAUCACACGAAACCAAAAACGCCGAGCAGUGUUUGAGGACAUGGGGAUAGCGAUUGGAGUUCCGGUCCUCGUAAUGAUACUUCAUAUCGUUGUACAAGGCCACAGAUUUAAUAUCUUCGAAGACGUCGGAUGCAUGCCGGACAUCUGGAAUACGGCACCAGCCUAUCCCCUCGUCUUCAUGUGGCCUGUUGUUUUGGGUUGUAUAUCCUUCGUAUACGCUAGUCUGACUCUUCGAGCCUUCUGGCGACGCCGAGCGGAGUUCAGCCAGCUGCUCUCGAACAGUAGUUCUCUCACGAAGAGCCGAUACUUCCGAUUGAUGCUACUCUGCUGUAUCGAGAUGGCGUGUACCGUCCCUCUAGGCGUCUUCAGCAUCAUCAUAAACAAUGGCGACGUUCCCAUCGCGCCGUACGUUUCCUGGACCAACGCACAUUACGACUUCUCCUAUGUAGGCACGUUUCCUGCGCUCGCUUGGAUGUCUAGCCGUCCAUUCUACAUCUCUGUGGAGAUGGGCCGGUGGAUAUACCCUUGCUCUGCAUUCUUGUUCUUCGCCCUUUUCGGUUUCGCUGAAGAGGCGCGUCGAAACUACAAGCUUGCAUCCUGGGCGAUCGUGAAACGUCUGGGCUUCCACCCGUCGUCGGAUAAGACGAAGACGUCAGCGCUGAAGGGAUUCCGCCUAGGCGGAAGCAAAGAGAGCGCAUCCCCCUCCGAGGAGAACCUGCCGCCCUACAGCCCCCGCAAAGCCAAGCGCCCUCAACGACCACGGUCUUUCUCCUCAUCCUUCCUUGACAGCGUCAUCGAGAUUGACAUCGACUACGACAUCGAGAAGGUCGGCGAAUCGCUCGCCUCCACCGCCGUCUACGGCACCGACAAGCCCGCCGACUCCCCCGCCGCCACCUCCGCCACGCUGACCUUCCCCGAGUCCGCCAUGACCGCCACGCCGAAGGCACCGUCCGAGAAGUACAGAAUCACGCCUCCUCUGUCCCCCGAAACGCCUUCCUACCCCUUGACCGCGACGACCGUCGUCCCGCGGUUCCAUCGACCGUUUGCGUCGAUCGACGGCCCGGUGUCGCCUUCGAAGAUGUCGGCUGAAAGCGCCGCGAUAAAGGUCACGAUGCACCAAGAGGUCGAGGUCGCCGAGUCCACUUGAACGUCGCCAGCAUACACGCCGCCCUCCACGCCUUUGCUUGUCUUCC